AUGUCGCAGAAGACGCCCGUUUUCUUGCUCAAGACAAAAUCAACUCCUGGGGAUUCGUACCAGGAGCAAUUCUCCUCCGAGACGGAUGGCUUCAAUUUUGAGCCCUUCUUUGUCCCCGUCCUUGAACAUCGAUUCAAGGACGAGGGCCUAGCUACGGUACGCAACCUUCUCAAGACGAGAGCUAUCGGAACCAGUCCCGACUGCGCCUAUGGUGGUAUGGUCUUCACCUCCCAACGCGCUGUUGAAGCUUUCACCCACCUUGUCCAGGAAGUAACAGGCGAUGAAAGAUGGCCCCAUCUUCAGGACAUCCCUGUGUACAGCGUCGGCCCUGCGACAACCCGCGCGUUGAAGGCAGUUCCCCAACAACCACCGCUCCAAGUCUUUGGUGAGCAUACUGGCAACGGUGAAACAUUGGCACCCUACAUCAUUGAACAUUAUGGCGAAUGGUAUAAGGACCGAGCCACCAAGCCGCCGCUGUUGUUCCUGGUUGGCGAACAAAGACGGGACAUCAUUCCCAAGAAGUUGAUGGAUCCUGCUUUGCCAUCAGACAAGUUCAUCCGCAUCGACGAGGUUGUCGUCUAUGGUACCGGUGUUAUGGAGUCCUUCCAGCAAGAUUUCACCAAGCUUCUCAAAGACACCGAAGACCGUCCGGUCAGAUGGGUGGUGGUCUUCUCCCCAAGCGGCUGCGACGGCAUGCUUAGUGCCCUGGGAUGGCUGAACGAGAGCAGUGGCAGAGUGGAAGGGAAGGUCCAGAAGGAGGACCGUAAGACGUACAUUGCUACCAUCGGGCCGACAACUCGGCUUCAUCUUGUCAACAACUUUGGCUAUGAGCCUGAUGUCUGCGCGGAGCAGCCCAGCCCGGAAGGGGUUUGGGAGGGCAUUAAUAGGUUUUGGAACGAAUCGAAGAAAUAA